CGAAAUCCCCGACACGAGCGCCAGCGUGGUACUCGAGUACCUACCUCCAGCCGUCGACGACAUCUCUCCCCCGUUGCACUGCUACCGGGCCUCCCGCCGCUUGCCGGAGCUCUACCGCCUGCUCACAGAGCAAUAACCAAUUGGCAGGCCAUGCGCCUGUGACCAAGACAGCUUUGCGAUUGAAGAAUCACUCGUCGCAACUAUAUACCUUACCUUUGCAUCAGAGGAAUCGAACCCCGAGACCCCGCAGGGUGCACCGCAGUCAACAUGGGCAUCUGCAAUAGCACCAGCAAUGAGGAGGCGGAACAGAAGAAGAAGAGUCAACACAUAGACAAGAUUUUGGAAGAGGACUCGAAGAAGUUACGGAAGGAAUGCAAGAUUCUCCUGUUGGGCUCGGGCGAGAGCGGCAAGUCGACCAUUGUGAAGCAGAUGAAGAUCAUCCAUCUCAAAGGAUACUCCGAGGAAGAGCUCUACAACUAUCGACCGACCGUCUUCAAGAAUCUCGUGGAAUGCGCAAAGGCCGUCAUCAACGCCAUGCAGCAAUUCAACAUUGAGCCGCAACGGGAAGGCAACCAGGCUCAUGCCGACUAUCUACUAGAUUACCAAACCGAGUCCGGCCCUCAGGCGCACAUUGAGCCGCAAGUAGGUGCUGCUGUGCAGGCCAUCUGGAAUGACCCGGCCAAGAACCUGCUCAUGGAUCACCAAACCGAGUUCUACCUGAUGGACUCGGCCGAAUACUUUUUCCAAGAAGCGGAUCGCAUCGUCGCGCCCGACUAUCUUCCCACAGAGAUGGAUGUCCUACGCGCGCGAACAAAGACCACGGGGAUAUACGAGACGCGCUUUCAAAUGGGCCAGCUUAGUAUACAUAUGUUCGACGUCGGUGGCCAGCGUUCUGAGCGCAAAAAGUGGAUUCAUUGUUUCGAGAACGUCACAUCUAUCAUAUUUUGCGUUGCUCUGAGCGAAUACGACCAAGUCCUGCUCGAGGAGAGCAGUCAGAACCGAAUGAUGGAAAGUCUCCUGUUGUUUGAUAGCGUCGUCAACUCGAAAUGGUUUAUGCGAACGAGCAUCAUCCUGUUUCUAAACAAGGUCGACAUCUUCAAACAAAAAUUGGGGCGGUCGCCAUUGGGCAACUAUUUCCCCGAUUACUCGGGCGGCAGCGACGUGAACAAGGCCGCCAAGUAUUUGCUGUGGCGGUUCAAUCAGGUCAACAGGGCUCACCUCAACCUCUACCCACAUCUUACGCAAGCGACCGACACAUCGAAUAUUCGGCUUGUUUUCGCGGCGGUCAAGGAGACGAUUCUCAAUAACGCCCUAAGGGAUUCAGGUAUUUUGUGAACGAAGACAUUUUACGAGCGAUUGGGUUCUCUUCUUCUUGCUUUUAUACGCGGAAUCGCCCCAGGGGCAUGGAGCGUGCACGUAUCGGCGUUGGGCGCAGUGACUUCGGGAGCCAGCGUCUCGAAUUAUACCAAUGUGUUGGCGCAUAGGGUCACAUAUGAUCACAUAUCAUCAGAGAGACUGUGUCGCAGAAGUCAGACGUAACGUGGGUUGUCGCGGCGUGCUGGGACAUUAUUGUUGCGUCAUUGCAGCAGAAAUGAGGUAUCAAGUGUAUUAAUGCUGUAUGGCUUGCGG